ACUCCGUUUUUUUUUUAUGUUUUGUGAGUUUUCACCCUUUCUCUCUCCCCAUCUCUCUCUGCAUAUUUGCUCUGGCCAGUUCUUAACAUUUUCUGAAGAAACAAAAAUCAAAAGCAUAUCUACAAAUUGUAGGAGGGGUAGAGCUCUAUACCAUGCGGUGAUGUGGAAGCUGAUAAGAAUAACUACAAUACUACCAGUUGCACGGAUCACAUCUCACUCUUCUAUUAGUUUCAGUUCAUUUCCACAGUUAAAAGGCAGAGCCAGAAGUUCAUUUGCUCCCAUUAAAUGUUUUCUUCUAUAUUGAAGCUUGCAUAUGGAAAAGAAAAACAUGAAUGAAGAUGGUAAAGAGAGGGAAUGCCAAUUUUGGUAUAUAAAUGAGAACUUUGAACCAUCAGAAGGCAAUAGUUUGUGUGGAAGUUCAGUUAAAAGUGUUGAUCUAAGGUGGUUCCUUAACAAUUUUCGUAGUUCAGAAAAUAAGCUUUCGAAGCAUAUAACAAGUUUUGAUGAAAGAUUUUUACUUUGUUGCCUUGAACUUAUACACGCUCGAGCAUCUAGAGUAGCCUCUUUUAAUUUCUCCCCAGAUAUGGAAGUUUUAUCUGAUGGUUUGGAGUCAAAACAAGUCAGUGACAUCUGGGUGAGCAAUAGGACUGAUUUGGUUGUUGAGUGUUCUCUAGCAGAAGCUAAUGCUGAAAAUGCCAUCAUGAAGUCAACUGAAGAUUGGAUUGUUGGUUCAAUUACUGGUAGUAAGAGUAUGAUAAACAUACUAAAGAGCCCUUUACUUAACAAACCGAUUAGAUCACUUGAUUUUAAAGAGCCAACAUAUUCUGAUUGGACAAGUUCUCCUGGCGGAUUUAGUUCUACUAGUUCGUCCUUACAUAGAAAACAUUAUUCAAUGUCAACUACAAACUCUACCUGCUCAGACCAGUCAUCUUUUGUAGCUUCUGUUAUUUCUCAAGGCAUGCUUCAGAUCACGUGGACAAAUGGUUUGCCACAUUUUGUUUUUUCUAUGGAUGGUAAGAAUGAGGUUUACGUGGCAGAUGUGGUCAAGGUCAACUCUUCUGAUGAGAAGUGUUUUGGUUAUUUGUACACAUUUCGUCAAAAAACUCAACCAGCUAUUGUUGGUAAAAUGACAGUUUCUACUUCUUUCAAACUCUCUCCAAAUAAGUCAGAGUUCACAGAGACCCUGUUUGUCAUGUAUGGUUUUGGCGUUGAUUGUUCAGAUAAUUCAUCAUCUCCAGACCAGAUUCACAGAAAAAACAAAAAACUGUCAAAGAAAGUGGUUGAUGUGUUUAGGCCUGGACACUCAAAUAAGCAAAGAAAAACAUCAAAGUUCAGUGAGAGAACGGAUGCAAUUUUUGAAGAAUAUUCGUUGGAUGUCUGUAGUAAGCCUGACUUGGGUGGUAUUAACCAAGAAAAUCAUCUUCCUACUAACUUUGAGUUGGCUGCUAUAGUCGUCAGAAGCUAUCUUCAUAAGAAGGCAGGAAAUGGAGGAGGAUGGGGCUUAAAGUUUCUAAAGAAACCAAGGGAUGGGGAGAAAGUUACAUGUUUAGAGACCCCUAUACAUGCUGAUGGUCCUUAUCAUAUUAGCAGUGUUGAAUGCUCAACCACGACAAAUGUUUUAAUACCAGCUGGUUUUCAUGGUGGACCAGUAACCCGAGAUGGUGGCCCUACUAGCCUGUUGGAAAGGUGGUCGUCUGGGGGGCACUGUGACUGUGGAGGCUGGGAUGUUGGUUGCCCUCUGACAAUUCUCAACACUAGACAAAAUAGAAUUGAUGCUUUGUCUCAAGUCGAUGUAUCGGGAGAUUGCAAGACUAUUGAUCUCUUUGUGCAGGGUUCGAGACAAAACGCACCCAUAAUGAAAAUCUCAAAUAUCCACGAUGAUUUAUUUUAUGUUCACUUUGAACCAAACCUGUCAGCUCUGCAGUCUUUCGCCAUUGCCACUGCAAUCAUUCAUAGUCAUGAACCUAUAUUUCGGUCCAAAAUGUACAGAAGGUGAAGGAACAACAAAAAGAUUCGGCUUCUAAGGCAUAGACAAUACUACGCAUAUGGGUAUUCAUUUUGUACAUGAAUUUGCAUCUGAUGCAAGUUUGAUUUCUUUUUUGUUUGGGUUAUUUCACCAAAUUGUAGUUAAGUCUUGUUUAUACUGUCUAGAUAAUAUAUAGAAUUCCUUUGCUCCAAUUGGUGAAGGUGUUUGUACCGUGUAAGGUGGGCGGUAUAUUGGAAGGGGGAUGUUUCUUGAGUUUUUUUCCCUAAUCAGUAAGCUAGCAUCAACAAGAUGACUUAUGUUACAAAAUACCACCUUAUGAAGGUGGAGAAGAAACAAAAAUGUCGUUUCAGCUCCACCUUGCCUGCCCCAACACAGAAGAACGGUUGCCUCAUUAUUAAGGAGGGUUUUGGCCUCCCCACAUAAGAGACAGACCACCGGGUACCUCAUUUUCGCAUCAUGGCAUUCUUUGAAGUGGGCUGUGGAGUGGUUCAUAGGGCAGGAGGCGAGAUUCUACUUUCGGAGCAAGUACAAUAGUAGUCGUGGAUUUAUGUAAUUAGAGAGUGUAUCAUCGAUGAACUCUUCUUAUCUUAGGUAAGCAGGUCAAGCAGAAUAUUGAAUGUAACAAGACGAGUGUGAAGAUACCUAAUGUUGCAUCAUUGAUUGUCCACUCUCGGUUCGUCAUGGUUAUUAUCAAACAGGUUUGAAGAUUGUAAAGGCUGGUUAAUUACUUUUGGAAAUUCAUGAGGAGAAGGAUGUUUAAGCACAAAUUGAAGUGCUAGAAAUUAUAAGUCCAUGGAAUGUAGGGACAUCCCCAAAUAAUCUCAUUAGGAAGGCACAUUGACAAAAAAAACGAGUUUAAAUGAAGUUGUGACUAAUCCCCCCCCCCCCCCCCCCCAAAUAAAAACACCUUAAACAUCCCUAUGGACUCGUUUAACGUGGUUAAUGAUGAAAAAACUUAGGUUUUAAUUGUAUUUAUUAAAAGUCUUCAAAUGAGUGAUGAUAAUGUUACAAUCUCAUUUUUUAUGAUAAUUUAUCCGAUGUAUUUGUAGAAUUAAUAUCAAAAUACUUUGUUCAAUAAUGAAG